AUGAAGUUCUCCGAGAUUCUGGCUUUCUCUGUGGCCUUCGCCACUGCUUCCGCAGCCCCCACAAAGCGUACUGAUACCGUCGAAAUCACCUUCCAUGGUGCUGCCGGUGCCCAGUUCACGCAGAGCUUCCCUACGGACGACACCGCUACUUCCAUCUACAACCCCCUCAGCAUCUCCAAAAUCUCAUCUAACACCAAUCUUGUUGAGUGCUCAUUCACUGGCGUGGACGGCAGUUUCACAACCGUCGAUGGUGCUGUUUCCAGUGACGUUGGACCUCCUCAGACCCAGGUCUCUGGAACAUGCGUUAAACUGCCAUCCCGACGCCGCCGCAGUCACGAUGUCGUGAUUACAUUCAUUGGUGCUGCUGAUGCGCAGUUCACGCAGAGCUUCCCCAUCGACGACACCGUUCAGAGAAUCAGCAACCCUCUGAGCAUCUCCCACAUCUCAAACAGCGAUGACGGUGUCGAGUGCUCUUUCACUGGCGUUGACAACAGCUACACCGUUGUAGAUGGCGCUGUUGAGGUUGACGUUGGACCCCCUCAGACCCAGGUUUCCGGACGGUGCUUCGAGCUACCCACCCCGGCCCGUCGCUCAUAUGGUGCUAAGGUUACCUUCAUUGGUGCUGCUGAUGCGCAGUUUGUUCAGUACUUCCCCCUUGAUGGAUUGACCUAUGAUAUCUCCAACGUUCUGAGCAUUUCUCACAUUGAAUUGGACAAGGCGGGUGUUACUUGCACAUUCGAUGGUGUCGAUAACUCUGUUACCUCUGUCACUGGUCCUGAGACUGUUGAUGUUGGUCCUCCUCAGACUCAGGUCAAGGGUACCUGCUGGGCCUACUAA